AUGUUGUGUUCAUCUUCGACAAUUCACGAACAUCAGUAUGGUGUCGAGCUGGGCCAUGGGGCGCACUCUAGCUCGGAAGAGACGCUUGCACUCAAAGGUAUUCAUCCUCGACAGUGGGGACUUGCUCGAAAAAUAUGGGAUACAAGCCUGGUUGUGUUUUUGGAAUUCUUCACGACAAUGAUUAGUACCGCAGGAACGCCUGUCGCCGCGCAUCUGCAUCAUGACCUUGGUGUCAGUCCUGUUGUAGCAACUUGCAUAUUUGUGUCAAUAUAUUUAAUUGGCCAAACAAUCGGUGGAGUCGUCUUUCCUCCUUUCUCCGAGUCUUUCGGCCGUAAGAAGCUCUACAUCAUCAGCACCGCCUUCUACAGCUUGUUCUGCAUCCUGAUCGGGAAAGUCCCUACCAUUGCUGGGAUCGUUGUGGGCCGUUUUGGUAGCGGAUUCCUUUCUGCAAUCCCGACCGUUAUUGCGACUGGCAGUAUCGAGGACCUCUGGGAUACAAACGCGCGAGUAUGGUGCAUGUUCUGCUGGGCGUUGUUAGCCAACCUUGGUAUCCUAGCGGGACCUGUCUUUGGAGAAUUGGUAACAGCGAAGGCCACAUGGUAUGUCGUUGACCUCUCCGGGCUUCUGGUGCCCAGGCUGAUCUUUUCGACUAGGGAAUGGGUGUUCUAUGCCGCAGCAAUUGUGACGGCCUGCGUUGCAAUUCUAUUCUUCACCAUCAAAGAGUCGCGACCGUCUGUUGUACUGGGUCAUGCCAAGGCUCUCGAUGAUCUUGAAGGCAAAGGCAGCAAGUGGCAUAUUCCACUGAGCUACGAGAAGUUUGAUAUUGUCCGGCCACUUCGCCUACUAUUCACCGAGCCCAUCGUAUUCUUGGUAGCUUUCAUAAGCGCGAUUGCGUUCGGGCUCAUCUAUCUUUUCACGGAGGUAUUACCGAUGGUCUACCAAGCAUUGGGUUUCACCGACGGCUGGCAGAACGCACCAUUCCUUGCUCUAGUAAUCGGAAUGCUUCUCAGCGUGCUUACCAGGUUCUACGAUCGCCGCGUUCUGGCCAACGCUGACAAGCCAGUCUCGCCAGAGUCGAAGUUUACCGGGUAUCUCAUCGGGGCCCCCGCACUGGCUAUAGGUCUUUGGUGGUUCGCAUGGACGAUCCCUCCGCGCGUCUCAGUCCACUGGAUGAUUCCGACCUUGGCCCUUGUGCCGGUUGGGUAUGCGGUCAACGAGCUUGAUCACGUCUUGGCCGGAUACCUAUCUGACUGCUACGAGACUUACACAGCCAGUAGCUUUGCAGCGUUAGCGCUCACUCGCUCGCUAUUCUGCGCAACCUUUCCGCUCUUUGGACGGAUCUUGUUCGAUGCACUAGAUUUCAACAGAGCAUCAUCUUUAUUCGCCGCGUUGGCCACGGGUCUUUGCAUCGUACCACCGAUGUUGGUACGUCAUGGCGCAUGGUUGAGGGAAAAAAGUAAGUUUGUAAACAAGUGA